AUGUCUGCUACGACGACACCAACGACAACGGCUCCGGCGGAAAGUACGACAGCCGUUAAUCUCGAGCAAGUGGCCUACUUUCUCGUGACCGGUGCAUCCCGUGGUAUCGGCGCCAAGAUGGCCAUCGAGACGGCACGCAAGCUAAAGCCCGGUUCGGUCAUCGUACUGCUUGCCCGUUCCGCUUCCGGGCUGGAAAGCACUAGGUCGGAGAUACUCGGCGUUAAUCCGCACGUUACCGUGGUGACGAGCUCGGUCGAUUUGGCAACCGCUUCGAAGGAGUUGCUGAACGAAAUACUGGAAAAAUCGCUCGGAAAGCAGCAACCGGUCGAUCGGUUCGGGUUGGCGUGCGUUAUCCAUAACGUCGGCACGGUUGGCAACAUUGGCCGAAAGGCGAUCGAGAUGGACGAUCGGGCCGAAUGGGAACAGUACUUCGGUACGAACGUGUUUACCGUGGCCGUGCUGAAUAGUUGCUUUUUGCGCAAGUUCCAGCCCGUCCCGAGCAGACUGGUAGUCAACAUUACCUCGAAGGCGUGCCUCGUGCCGUUCCAGAGCAUGACGUACUACUGUGCCGGAAAGGCUGCGCGCGAGAUGUACUUCCGAGUGCUGGCGGAAGAAGAAGCGGCCUCUGGGGUAACCGUGCUGAACUACUCUCCCGGUCCGGUGGACACGGAAAUGACGGUCGAUCUGCAGGCCCACUCGAACGCACCGGAAAUCCGAGACUACUUUAAGAAUCUCCGCGAUACGACGACAAUACUUACGACCGAGCAAACGACGGCCAAAUUUUUACACAUACUCCAGCAUGGGCUGUUCAAGUCUGGCGAUCAUGUUGAUUAUUACGAUCAUUAA